AUGGCAGCCGUAAUGUCCCCAACGUUGGACACAACAUCAUCACCAGCUACCUCUCCAUCCCCAAUAUCCUCCCCAUCUUCAAAUCCGAACCACCCACAACUACCACCUCUAAUCACAUCACCCGCCACUCGGCGCUCCGUGUUACAACGCCCUAAUUCACAGGCCGCAAGAAACAGACUGUCCCAAUACUCGAACUAUUCCGCGCCCUCUCGAUCACGGCCGCCCUCACAUAUAUUUCCCGUGUUUCAUACAAGUCUGCCCUAUACACUGGUUCGAGACUUCGCAUUUCCCAUAUCACAUCCUAUGCACUAUGGGCCACCGCCUGAGCCCUCCCAACCAGCCUCCGGUGCUUCGACGCCAGUCAGUGAAUCCCAGAAGCAACUGUCUGAUCCUCCUACUUCAUGGGAUAGUGGGGGUGGCUGGGCGCCUGGACCGUGGACCGUUGAUGGGCUUUCCAAGGGAGAACAGCUGGCUCCAAUACACUUUGGUGAUGGUCCGCCAUGGAGCGAAGACGAGGACCUUCAAAGUCCGGUGGUUGUGAGCUCUCGACACAGAAAACACAAGUCAUCCAGUGCAGUGGGAAAUGGCCACGGGCGCGGAAGAAGUAGGAACCGUGGAGACGGAGCAAGAACCGCUAGUAUGCUCAGCCAAGAAAAUUAUGAUAACGACAGAGGCUAUUUCGUCGGGACCCGUGUCGAUGGAGCUGAAAGGUAUUAUGUUAAUCAAGGGGAAGAGGCGAAUGGACCAGGGGGUGAAAUUGUUACAUAUCCUGCGGAACAAGCACGACAUUCGACACUGGCUCCUUACAAUUUACCAGGACAGAGAGAUUCUCACUUUGCUGGCACUCUACCCAGCAGGUCAUACACGGAUGAAACGGGUCAGGAUUACCCAUCCGAAUCAGAUGCAUCAAGUUCCGAGUCUUCUCCAGGAAUGACACGGCAUGAUGAGUCCAGGUACUCUAGAGACUACCAGUUCACAAUUGCAUCGCCAGAUGAAGAAAUGCAUGGAAAGGCUGUAGCUCUUUUUGACUUCCAACGAGAGAAUGAGAAUGAACUGCCAUUAGUGGAAGGCCAAGUAAUUGUGGUAUCUUACCGACAUGGUCAAGGCUGGCUAGUGGCAAUGGAUCCGAGGACACAAGAAAGUGGAUUGGUUCCCGAGGAGUAUGUUCGGUUACUGCGCGAUAUUCAAGGAGGCUUGAAUAGUCUGAAGGGACAAGCAAAUGAUCAGAUGCUUAGUCCCGUUGUCGAUUCGGGCACACCUACUCAGGCGCAGCACAAUCAAAGCUUCGGGAAUGCUCCUGCUGCUAGUAAUGGCAACAACGAAUACCAACAACCCAUCGUUUCCACCUUCUCGACAUCUUCAAGGGACCUUCAUCCAUACCCCCAGCAUCUUUUGGGUACCCAAGCUGGUCAAGCCCCACCUCAAGUGAUCCAUUACCAUGGACAGCGAGGGGGAAGCCAAGCCAACACCCCUACGCUCUCAAGUUCUCUGGAAGGCUCCCGAGAACGACCAAAUAGUCAAGAAGCCAAAGUCAAAAAGACAGAGGACAGUUCAGACACCACACCAAUAGCAGUCACUCUCCCAGAUGCAAAACUUGAGCCUUCGAUAGCAGUCCAGCAGCCCGAAAGCCCAGACAGUGACUCAUCCGAAGAUUCAUCCGACGACGAGAAGGGUGUUCAAAGUCCCUGA